UCGGCUACUUCAGUUCGGUUCACAUUCUUUAUCUGAAACAAGGCCUAAAGUUUAUCUGAAACGUCUCAGUAAUUAUUAUAAAAUGCGCGUUAAAGUAAUUUUUGAUAUUCUGAUAUCACAGUUUUUACCAUCAUGUUCCAGUAAAAAAAUUCCUGCAAUCACUAACGGAGAAAAAAAUGAAACAGAUGAUGUUCCCGUGUGGAAACGAAAAAGAUAUUUGGUGUACUUUCUGACUUCCCUCAUAUUCAUAAAUCUCGCAUUAAUGCGAUAUUAUAUUGCUGUUACAAUCUUGGAAAUGACUGCUGAACACUUUGUUACGCAAGCCAAUGGAACCAUUAUUAAGGAACAAGAGUUUAGUUGGAGCUCCAAGCAACAGGGUGUGAUUCUCAGUUCCUUCGCCUAUGGCUAUAUAACAGCGCAAUUUUUUGGUGGAUUUAUUUGUGCCAAAAUCGGUGGAAUUAAUGUUCUUGGUUUUGGUGCAGGAAUUGCUGCUAUUUUUACCUUUUUAACUCCUUCAAUUGCCCACCUUGGAUAUCCCUGGCUGAUGACAACACGUGCUAUUGAAGGUCUACUACAGGGUGCCAGUCAACCUGCGUCAUUGUGGAUUUUAACACGUUGGGCACCAAAAUAUGAACGUUCACGAAUGAUUGGGAUGACUCUUUUUGGAAUUUAUGUUGGCUCCGUUGCCGCCCUGCCAAUGACCGGAGCUUUAAUUGUUAAUUUUGGCUGGAGGACAGUCUCCUAUGUCUUUGGCAGCAGUAGCCUUUUAUUGGCCAUCCUGUACCUCAUUGUAGUAAAAGGAAAUCCCCAAAUUGAUGGGUUUAUUACGGAAAAAGAAAGGACCUUCAUUACACAGAGAACAGUAAACCUGUCUUCUAUAAGCAAGCAUAAAGUUCCGUGGAAAGGAAUGCUAACAUCUCGAGUUUUUUGGGUAACUGUCCUUAUAGGUUUUACCCAGAAAUGGGGAGCUGCGAUAUUUCUCAAUCAACUACCAAGAUUUUUCACAGAUGUAAUGAAUUUGGACAUUGAUGAAGCUGGUUACGUCUCAUCCUAUCCCUUCAUAAUAACAUGCUGCACCACGCUACUGUCGGGAUUCAUCAUUGACAUGGUGAUCAAAAAAGAAUUUUGGGGUGUUAAUGAAACAAGACGCUUCUUCGUCUGCACAUCGUACAUAAUUGAAGCAAUUUUCCUAAUCUCAGCUAUUCAAAUGACCACCAAAUGGAACUUUAUCUUACUACUGACACUCGGAAUGAUUUGGGAACCCCUCGGCGUGUCCUGCGUAACACUUACAAUGGUAGAACUAUGCCCUGUCUCGGCACCCACUACAUUAUCCCUUGCUGCAACUAUAUCGGGAGUUGCCCCUCUUUUUGCACCGAUUGCCGUUGGUUUCCUGACUGAUGGCAAAACAUUCCAUGAGUGGCAAAUUGUCUUCUAUAUCGUAGCUACAUUUCACAUCACAGGUGCUGUUUGGUAUUGGUUCUUUGGGAAGGGAGGUAUCCAAUCAUGGUCCCCAAUGUACAAUGAAAGAAACCAAGGAAAUCAACAACAUCAAGCUAGUCCGUAAGGUUAUAAGGUCUCUUAAAUUACGUUCAAAUAAUUCUUUAAAAGUUUAAAGAAAUGGUUCAUCAACUAAUGCAGACAAUCUCGGAGGAAAUGUUUUAUACGUCAAAAGAAUUUUAUUUGUUUGAAACGUUACUGUCUUAUAUAAUAAAAAAAA